AUGAAUCCUUCUUUCAUCAUAUUUUUUUUCCUGCAAAUACUAGUACGGUCGGUACGGGCUGAUGUUACAAUAUCAGCGGACCAGACCGCUAGCACCGACGUGCUGUACUCUGAGCCUGUGAGUAUAUUAAAGGACGUCAAGUACACCGUGAAUGCGGAUACCCUACAGUUCACUAACGGUCUGAAUAAUGCCGGUACGCUGGUCUUUGCAGAUACAGUAGGUUCCGACGCCGAGCAAAAGUUAGUUGUCUCCAACGGGGACUUCAUAAACAGUGGUGAAGUCGAUGUUACAUGUAACUCAGUCACCACUCCCUCGUACAUGUUCAACGUCGCGAAUUUCAAGAAUGAAGGUACCAUGUAUUUCAAAGGUACUCAGAACGGUGUGCAAUACGGUGCUAACCAAGUCACACUGAUAUCAACAACCGAGAGUAUUGUGAAUGAUGGGUCUAUGACCUUUGAUGGUAUCGAAAAUGCAUACUUGAAAUCCAGCGGUACUAUUACAAACAACGGUAAGAUAAGUGUCCAGUACAACUCAGGUUUUGCCGUGAGUCAGUCCAUCUUAGGUUCAGGUAGUAUCGAACUGGGCUUAGCUACCACACUGUGGUUUGAUGACCCUAGUAACACCGACAUUAGUGGCCAAAAAGUUAUCCAAACGGAAGGUUCAGUGAUCGUUUUCGACACCACAAAAUUGACGAAGCCUUUCACAGUUAAUUUCGGUAAAUUUGGUGGACAGAAUCUGUUCGCUGUAACUACACCAGUAACAAGUACCAGCUAUGAUAGUAUCACUGGUAUCCUCACAAUUAAAGUGAAUGGGCAAGAUAUUAGCCUUGUACUAGGAACUAAUUUGGACCCAUUCGGUUUUAUCGCUUCACCUGUUAGUAACCCAGUUACCUCGCCAUUGGAUGGUCAACAGCAUCAGAUUUACACAAUUGUAUAUUCUGGUGUGAGCGUUCCACCAUUACCAUCUCCAGAAACAAAAACAAUCACUGAGAAAGGUGUAGAACACGAAGUUGUCGUUUCUUAUAUCUCAACUACCAGUGAUAACCAAUUGGUAACCAUCACUACAACGUCGACUAUCAUUCCACCAUUUCCAAAAGGCACCACAUCUUUACUUGUUGAGAAUGAUGUGACCAUAUAUGAUGUCUAUUCCUAUUUCAUUGCCACAAAUGAUCAAGGUGCUGAGUAUACUGCAACUACUAUUUUAAGUUAUUCUCCACCUGCCCCUACCACAGUAACCAUCUACCAGAACCAUGAACACAUUCAAGAGGUUUAUUCGUACUACAUUACUGUUGAUGGAGAAGGAAAGAUUAUAACGGAAAGCAAAUUGGUUUCCUCAACAAUCAGUUAUGAUCCAGCUCCGGGACCUGAGACGAAGAUCGUUGAUCUGGGCAACGAAGUUACUGAAUAUGAUGUGAUAUCAUACUACACUACUGUUGAUGAGAACGGCAAAGUGAUCACAACGAGUACAGUGGACAAGUUCAGUCCACCACCAGUAUCGACUAUUACUAUCUAUGAGAACCACGAGCACAUAGUUGAUGUGUACUCGUACUUCAUCACAGUUGAUGGAGACGGUAAGAUUAUUACUGACAGCAAGAUUAUUUCGUCUUCAAUCAGUUAUGAUCCAGCUCCUGGACCUGAGACGAAGAUCGUUGAUCUAGGCAACGAAGUUACUGAAUAUGAUGUGAUAUCAUACUACACUACUGUUGAUGAGAACGGCAAAGUGAUCACAACGAGUACAGUUGACAAGUUCAGUCCACCACCAGUAUCGACUAUUACUAUCUAUGAGAACCACGAGCACAUAGUUGAUGUGUACUCGUACUUCAUCACAGUUGAUGGAGACGGUAAGAUUAUUACUGACAGCAAGAUUAUUUCGUCUUCAAUCAGUUAUGAUCCAGCUCCUGGACCUGAGACGAAGAUCGUUGAUCUAGGCAACGAAGUUACUGAAUAUGAUGUGAUAUCAUACUACACUACUGUUGAUGAGAACGGCAAAGUGAUCACAACAAGUACCACUACGAAGUACAGUCCUCCACCUUUGACUGUGACCGCCACUACUGCGUCUGACUAUGUUGAGAGCGACUGGAUCUCAUUCUUCAUCACAGUUGAUGAGAAGGGAGACAUUGUUACCAGCAGCACUCUGUUCAAUGCCACUCGUGACUACAAGUUGCCUGAGGCCCCACACACUUCGUUUGGCCCUGCACCUCCAGUGGAGACGCACACAGUUGUUCUUGAGAACAACAUGACGAACUACGAGGUUGUAUCUUACUGGACCACCACCAACGAGUUUGGUGGGUUGAUCACCACGAGCAGCACCAGCACGUACAGCGCUCCACCUUUGACUGUGACCGCCACUACUGCGUCUGACUAUGUUGAGAGCGACUGGAUCUCAUUCUUCAUCACAGUUGAUGAGAAGGGAGACAUUGUUACCAGCAGCACUCUGUUCAAUGCCACUCGUGACUACAAGUUGCCUGAGGCCCCACACACUUCGUUUGGCCCUGCACCUCCAGUGGAGACGCACACAGUUGUUCUUGAGAACAACAUGACGAACUACGAGGUUGUAUCUUACUGGACCACCACCAACGAGUUUGGUGGGUUGAUCACCACGAGCAGCACCAGCACGUACAGCGCUCCACCUUUGACUGUGACCGCCACUACUGCGUCUGACUAUGUUGAGAGCGACUGGAUCUCAUUCUUCAUCACAGUUGAUGAGAAGGGAGACAUUGUUACCAGCAGCACUCUGUUCAAUGCCACUCGUGACUACAAGUUGCCUGAGGCCCCACACACUUCGUUUGGCCCUGCACCUCCAGUGGAGACGCACACAGUUGUUCUUGAGAACAACAUGACGAACUACGAGGUUGUAUCUUACUGGACCACCACCAACGAGUUUGGUGGGUUGAUCACCACGAGCAGCACCAGCACGUACAGCGCUCCACCUUUGACUGUGACCGCCACUACUGCGUCUGACUAUGUUGAGAGCGACUGGAUCUCAUUCUUCAUCACAGUUGAUGAGAAGGGAGACAUUGUUACCAGCAGCACUCUGUUCAAUGCCACUCGUGACUACAAGUUGCCUGAGGCCCCACACACUUCGUUUGGCCCUGCACCUCCAGUGGAGACGCACACAGUUGUUCUUGAGAACAACAUGACGAACUACGAGGUUGUAUCUUACUGGACCACCACCAACGAGUUUGGUGGGUUGAUCACCACGAGCAGCACCAGCACGUACAGCGCUCCACCUUUGACUGUGACCGCCACUACUGCGUCUGACUAUGUUGAGAGCGACUGGAUCUCAUUCUUCAUCACAGUUGAUGAGAAGGGAGACAUUGUUACCAGCAGCACUCUGUUCAAUGCCACUCGUGACUACAAGUUGCCUGAGGCCCCACACACUUCGUUUGGCCCUGCACCUCCAGUGGAGACGCACACAGUUGUUCUUGAGAACAACAUGACGAACUACGAGGUUGUAUCUUACUGGACCACCACCAACGAGUUUGGUGGGUUGAUCACCACGAGCAGCACCAGCACGUACAGCGCUCCACCUUUGACUGUGACCGCCACUACUGCGUCCGACUAUGUUGAGAGCGACUGGAUCUCAUUCUUCAUCACAGUUGAUGAGAAGGGAGACAUUGUUACCAGCAGCACUCUGUUCAAUGCCACUCGUGACUACAAAUUGCCUGACGCUCCAUAUACAUUUUUAGGUGAUCAUACUACUGUCAUCACUUCGGGUGGUAAGCCAACCACUGUAGUUGUUUCACACAUCACCACUACUGACAGCAAUGGCCACUCAACUGUAAUUGAAACGACGUUGCCAGUUGGAAGUGGAUCCAAUGAUCACACCACUGUCAUCACUUCUGGUGGUAAGCCAACCACUGUAGUUGUUUCACACAUCACCACUACUGACAGCAAUGGCCACUCAACUGUAAUUGAAACGACGUUGCCAGUUGGAAGUGGAUCCAUUGAUCACACCACUGUCAUCACUUCUGGUGGUAAGCCAACCACUGUAGUUGUUUCACACAUCACCACUACUGAUAGCAAUGGAAAUACUGUCACUAUUCAACAAUACCCAACUUUAGGCGAACCAAGUACUUCUAAUAGACCAACUAAUGUAGCUCAACCACAACCUGCAGCAGGAAAUAGUGCUAGACAUUCUUCAUCAUCUAAUGAUUUAAAUUCUUCAUCAUCCAGCAGAAGCACCACGACACUAGAAGGCAAUUCCAUCAUACCAUCUGCCAGUCAAUCAAUUUUUUCAGGGGCGCCUGGCCAUACCAACAGUAUAUCUGACACAUAUAAGGGCUCCGCCUCACAAAUCUCUAUGAAAUGGGGUUCUCUAUCAAUGGUUCUCAUAAUGUUAAUUUUGAACAUCUAG